AUGAUCCACAGUUCCAAACUCAUUGUUACCCACUGCGUGACGUAUCAGACACAGCCCAGCCUCGCAGCCCCUUCCCCGGGUCCCAUCCGACCCCCGAGCGCGUCGCUCCACGAAGGGAGAUACAUACCGAUCCGCCUGGGCCCAGGACAUACACACAUUCUCCUGUCACAACAUGAAGCCGCCAACAUCCACAAAGCAGAAGCCCGGGGGGCGGGGGAGAAGCAAGGCAGAGAGUUUGUUAGAGAAGACGUAGAGCUCCGGCACGGAGGUGGGACGGCAGACAGGAGGAGACAAGCACACACAGCCCUUCUGCGGGCGCACAGCGCCGCUGCUGCCGCUCGCCCGGCGAUGGGACCGAGCCAGCUCCGCAGGGACCGCCCGAACCCGCCGGCCGCCCGCCCGGGCACCGAGCUCCGCUGGCCCCGCUCUCCCUUCCGGCAGGGCGGCAGGCAGGGCCCGCUCUCGCUACGCGCCGCCGCGGCGGAUGCCGCUGCCCGCUCAGGCGCUGCGCGGCCCCGACAUGGCCGCCCCUCCCCAGCCGCCCGCCCGCCUCCGGCACGACCACCUCCUCCUCCUCCUCCCGUCCCGGGCACAGACCUGGGCCUUUCCCGGGCGGCUCAGGGAGACGGGUGGAAGGACCGUGCGGCACAGGAAGGGAAGCGGGUGGAAGGACAAGACCGCGCCGCCUCGCAGGCACCCGCCGCCCCCAAACCCCCCCGACGGCCGCCGCCUCACGCCCGCGGCCGCCGCGCCUUUAUAAAGGGCCCUGCGGCGCGCGGCGCGCCGCCCAUUGGCUGCAGAGGAGGGCAAGGCGGGCACGUGACGCGGCGGCUGAGGGAGCGCGCGGGGGGCGGGGGGGAAGGAGGGGGCGGUGCGUGCGCGCGCACCGCGCAGGGGCGGGAGGGCGCGAAGGCGGCGUUGGCGGCGCGCGCUGUGUCCGCUCCCCUCCCCCACGGGGUCCGUGAGGGCGGGGAGAGCCCGCGGGCGCUUGUGGAGCGGGAAAUGGGGCCGGGGCCGUCUGCCCUGGAAUGCUCGUGAAGUGCCUCCAACAGAAUCCCUCGAGGCAGAGCAGGCUGCUGUGCAGUGAAGAAGACCAGGGCCCUCUCUGCCCUGACAUCACCGCAUUGCUGCCCUCACUACCAGCAAGGAAGGAUUUGAGGCAGUGGCUAGAAAGAAGGAGCAGCCCUUCCCUAGGAGGGUGACACGUGUCGUUCCUGCCGGUGCAGCAGCAGCAGUAGCCUCCCCUCCCUCCUUUCUCUCCCCUCUCUUAGUUAGUGUCCUGUCCCUGUUCCACAUCUCUAGGGCAACACUCAACUUUGCAUGUUCUUCUAAGGUACUCUGAUCCAGACUUACUCUUCAUGUACAUUUCUGAAUAUGAAAAGUAUGUAAGUUCGACAGUAUUUUGAUUUUUUUGAUCAUCUCUCUGUUUACAAAUGCCUAUGCUCUCACAUCUUACUAUUUUUCAGGGUGUCUGGGAUGCCUACUUUGCUGUGUGUUGUUGGCAGCAGGUGUUAGCAAGCCUUGGGGUGUUGCAAUUGGCAUUCUCUCGGCAGCUGUAAUAAAACAUAGAUUUUUGACUAUACUUAGGUCUUUACUCAGUAGGAGUGUACAGCUGUGUACCAAAACCAGGAGAAGAAACAAAGGAAAAUUUACACAUAGUGCUCAGAAGACUCAAGAGCUCUACUUGAAAUAUAAGAGUAUUGAAAGUAUUGCCCUCUGACCCUCAGUGCGAAAAUCAGCUAGAAAGAUAAAAUGAUGCCAUCUUUAGAAAUGCAAGUCUUUCAUGGUAGUAGUUGAAAACAGAGUAUUAAAAUUUUCAUUUAUUGGUGUUCUGGGUGGCUUUUGAGACAUUUAUUUGUUUAUCCAGAAUGGUAUGCCAUUCUGGAUAAAUAUUCUUCUCUUUGAGGCUUAGCCUGACAGACAGCAUUAUACAUUGAAAACUUCAUUAAACAGCAUGGAAAACAAAUUAGUUGCAUUCCUUUUUAAUGGUAGCGUAUGGUUAAAAAUAGAUUGCCAGCAUCUGCUGAAGUAACAACCAUUUACAUAAUUUUCUGCUUGCAGCAAGAGUGACUGUAAGGCCCCCAAGUCUGGAAAUUUUCUUACAGACUGUGUAAAGGUGCACUAUCAAGCCACCUUCUUAGCUUGUCAGAAGGAAGAAGGCUGUGGGAAGACAGACCUCUGCCUGGGUGAAUUUGAGUCAAUUCUAGGAGAAGAUGCACAGAAAUGGAUUGGGAUGAAGUCACACCGAUCAUCUAAUAUUCCUCUAAGCGAGGAGUUUGUAGAGUGGCUUCAUGUAUGACUUCCACAGAGAAUGUUGCAGUCUAGAGUUGCCUACCCAGAAAAAAAACCACAAAAUAGUUAGCAUUUAGCUCUAUUGUCUUCAGAACAUCUUGUGCCCAUUAGUUCAGUUCUCCAUAAUUUGCUGUGAAAUUUAAAGGUUAGUGAUAAACAGCUCCCUGUUUAUUGAUUUAAUUAUCCUUUUCUUCCUGAUUUAAGACCAGGAGAGGAGCUGCUUUUAGAGCUGGUCUUGGAAUUUCUAGCUCCCUGUAUCACAGUAUCCUAUUGACAUAUCUGAACAUUAGGCAAAAUUUGAAUUUUCAAAUACUGAGUGAGAAAAGAUUGUGGUCUUAGCAGCCACAUAUAAAUCCCACCGAUUAGAGACAAAAUGCUAAAAUUUGGCUGACAUUUUGCUCCUUGAGCUUAUCUGAGUUUGUUGGUGUGCUGCCAGAAGUUGGAUGUUGCAAUUUAACUGGAAUGUUAGAUUUUCCUUCUCUUCAUCUUGCUGCUGCCAAGACCUUUUUGUGCAACUUUGAGCAACAGUUCCCUUUUGCUGAUUCUAAAGAAUAAAAAAUAU